AUGGGAGGCAGCAGGAGCAGAGGGAAUAAAACAAGAAAACGUAAACUACUAGCCAUACAUGUUUCCUUUGCUGUUGAUGAAGUCAGCAGCAUCAUUAAAGAGGCCAUAGAGGGUGCUAUUGGUGGCAAUGCCUACCAGCACAGCAGAGUGAACCAGUGGACAACAAGUGUGGUGGAACAAACCCUGAGCCAGCUCACAAAGCUGGGGAAGCCCUUCAAGUACAUCGUGACCUGUGUGAUUAUGCAAAAGAAUGGUGCUGGGCUACAUACAGCAAGCUCUUGCUUCUGGGACAACUCCAGUGAUGGAACCUGCACUGUGAGAUGGGAGAAUAAGACCAUGUACUGUAUUGUCAGUGCCUUUGGACUUGCAUUAUAAUUGCCUUGAAAUUGUUCAUUCUUCUCUUUUUUAUUCCAGCACUUGAUUCCAUCUCCACUCAAACUGUGAAUACCUGAACAACUUGUUUUUAAUGCAUUUUUAGUAACUUUUCUUCAAAGGUAGAAAUUUGAAAACAUGCUGUUACCUGUUUUAUGUUUGUACCUGGUACCAUACCAGUAUUUUCUAUACUUUUUUAUCACUUCAAAACUUCUCUUCAAGGUGCUAAUAGGGAAAUCUGCUGCAGUGUAAACACUUUCUCUAGAUUUCUUUUCUUAUACCAAUACAGAUGAGACACUGACUUUCACACUUUGUA